AUGGCCCCAAAAGCUGAAAAGAAACCCGCAUCCAAAGCACCAGCUGAGAAAAAACCAGCUGCCAAGAAGACCGCUUCCAUUGACAGUAAUAAGAAGAGAACGAAGGUUAGAAAGGAAACCUACUCUUCCUACAUUUACAAGGUUUUGAAACAGACUCACCCUGAUACCGGUAUUUCUCAAAAGUCGAUGUCUAUUUUGAAUUCCUUUGUUAAUGAUAUCUUUGAAAGAAUUGCUUCUGAAGCUUCAAAGUUAGCUGCUUACAACAAAAAGUCUACUAUCUCUGCUAGAGAAAUCCAGACCGCUGUCAGAUUGAUUCUGCCAGGCGAAUUGGCUAAGCAUGCGGUCUCUGAAGGUACUAGAGCUGUGACCAAGUAUUCUUCUUCUACGCAAGCGUGA